UAAAGCUUAUAUUCUGGAUUUUCUAACUUUAAUCAAAGGCUUUGAAACAGAGGAGCAGUUAGUAGAAGCAUAUUUGAACUCGACAUCCACUGCAGUUGUAGCUGGAAUAAUUUUCAGUGAAAGUUUGAUUCAUGGAUUGAAUGGAACUAGGAAAAUAAAAUUCAAAAUUCGCCCUGAAACUGUAUUAGGUUUUUCUUGGCAAAUUAAUCACAUCUUUCAUUCAAAAUCUAUCCAAGGCCCAUUGAAGAAAGAUUCUAUCUGGGGUACAAAUUAUAUGACUUUAGGAUUUUUGCCUGUACAACAUGCUAUAGCUGUGAGUUUUAUGGAGAAUUUCAAUUCUAAUUCUACUAGAAAUAUUGAAGAGACAUUUUAUAUACAAAUGCAACGUUUUCCUGAGCCUCCACAUGUACAACAUACUUUUUAUUACAAACCUAAAUUUAUUUUUGUUAUUCUGAUUUGUAUUGGAUUUCUUCUUCCAUUUGCUAAUUUGACUAAAGAUAUAGUAAAUGAAAAAGAGAAACAACUGAAGGAGACGUUAAAAGUUAUGGGUGUUAACAGUUGGAUGAAUUCAGCAGCCUGGUAUUUCUCAAGUUUAUUUUAUUUUGGCCUAUUGUGUGCUGCUAUCACCAUUAUGCUUUGUACACAAUUUACAAAGAUCCAAGCUGUUUUUCACCACAGUAACUCAUUCCUCAUCUUCCUUUGCCUGCUUUGCUAUUGUUCUAGUUUGAUUUCCUCAGGAACACCUGCUAUGUGUGCUGCUUUCAUUGUAUUUUUCCUGAGUUUGAUGCCCUAUAUGCACUUGGUUCUUGUAGAACAAAAGAUAUCUAUAUUUGCUUUAAUAAUUUUUUGUUUGUUUCCUAAUGCAGUUCUAGGCUAUGGUGUGGGAAUAUGGUUAAAAACUGAAGAAAUGGGAAUUGGUUUGCAGUGGAAAAAUUUAAAUGUUACUGGUUCUGUUUCUCUACAACUUAGUAUGCAGAAUGUGUUAUUCAUUUUCCUAGGAGAUACAGUUUGUUUCUUUCUUUUGGCUUGGUACAUUGAGACAAUGUUUCCAGGAAAAUAUCUAGAGGGUCAACCCUGGUAUUUUCCAUUUACUAGUGUAUACUGGACUGGGAAUAAGAAGCCCAAAACUGAAGUGAUUCAUUCAUUUGGAAUGCACGAACUAAAGCCAGAAUACUUUCAGAAAGAACCUUAUGGUCUUCGACCUACCAUAGAGUUCAAGCAUCUCACUAAAACAUUUAGGAAGGGCAGCAAACCUGCAGUAAAAAACUUGUUUCUCAAAGCUUACAGAAAUCAAAUAACUGUUUUACUUGGUCAUGGUGGAUCAGGAAAAUCAACUGCUGUCUCGAUAUUACUGAAAAAAUACAAUCCAACAUCUGGUAAAGCUACAAUAAAAGGUUGCAAUGUAUCCAUUGAAAAUGAAGCUAGAAAAAUUCCUAGAUUUCUUGGAUUUUGUCCAGAUUAUGAUAUUUGUUUUGAUCAUUUAAGUGUGGAAGAAAAUUUGUAUUUUUAUUGUAAGAUGAAAGAUUUUGAAUCUGAAGGACUGAGUUCCCAAAUUGAUCAUAUACUAGGAAUUCUUGAUUUAGAAUUGAAGCGGAAAUCAAUGGCUGGUAAUUUGUCUGCUUGUUGGAAACGAAAAUUGUCCAUUGGUAUAGCACUAAUUGGAGAAUCUGAAAUAGUGGUUAUUGACAAUCCUACUAGUCAUAUGGAUUCUUACAGCCGCUUGAUUGUCUGGGAGGCUCUCAAAGCAGAAAAGGUAUUCAGAACCAUUUUUGUUACAACUUCGUAUAUGGAAGAAGCUGAUGCUAUCGGUGAUCGAAUGGGCAUUAUAGAUGAAGGAGAACUUCAAAGCUUUGGAACAACAUCUUUUGUGACAAAUUUAUAUGGUGCUGGUUAUCAUCUUUUUAUUGAAAAAGAUGAAUCAUGUAAAAUUUCCAAUGUGACAAAUCUAAUUAAAAACCAUGUUUCUGAUUCAAAGUUAUACAGUUCAAAUGGGACGUUAAAAUACAUUUUGCCACUUGAUAAAGCCCCAUCAUUGCAAUUUUUAUUUACUGAACUGGAAGAGAAGAAAGAUUCUCUUAAAAUUUCUAAUUAUUCUGUGUCACAAAUAACUAUGACAGAACUUUUUGAUAAUGUAUCGCUUAAAGCAUAUGCAGGUUCAUAUGCAAUGCCCGAAUUCGCUAGAGAAACUCUGGAUGAUUCCACAGGAGUGGGUGAUGACAGUCUAAAUGCAUUAUUUGUCAAAGAAAGAAAUGAGCCUUUUGUUUUGAUUUUUCAACAAGCUAUAGCUCUUUGGAAGAAAAAAUUUCUAUUCUCAAUUCGCCAUAUUUCAUUAUCUCUUUCUCAGAUAUUAAUUUUACCUUUGAUUUUCAUCAUAUCAAACACAUUUACUGGAGAUGAAAUCAUUCCUGAUCAUCCUUUGCAUUUAAAUCUUGAACUGUAUAAUAUCUCAGGUAAAACGUUUGAAGUGCAGUAUUCAGUUAAUCCUAGUAAUAAAGAAAGCAGAAAAUUGUCUGAUACGUUUGCAUCAUUAUUUAAAGAUCCACAUAAAGCAAAUAUACUUGAUUCAAGGGAAGAAACAAUGAAUGAGCAUCUUCUUGAAAUAGCCGAGGAAAAUCCUCUCGAAUAUUAUAAAAACUAUUUCUUAGCUGCAGACUUUGAUUUCAAUGAGAAGAGUAAUAUAAUUACUGCUUUUUAUCAUAACAAAGCUCUUCAUUCGCCACCUGUUUCUUUACUUUAUGUGCACAAUACGAUUUUGAAGUAUUUGACCAAAGGCAAUUCUGCAUUCUCCUUUGAAGUGAUUAAUCAUCCUUUUCCUAUAAAAAAUCCAAGAUUGGCAAUGGUCAAGAAAACUUCUUCUUUACUUAAUUCAUUUUUGAUUGCUCAAGAUUUGAUGUUUUCCAUCUCCAUUGUGAUGGCUGGUUUUAUCGUGCCUCUUGUCUUUGAAAGAUCAAAACAAUUUAAAAAGCUGCAGCUUGUUACUGGCUUAAGUCACUCUUUCUAUUGGAUUUUAACAUUUCUUUAUGAUUUCAGUACUUAUAUCAUGGCUUGUGCUUUACUCGUAUUGACUCUUAACGUCACUGACUUAUAUGGGUGCACACAGCAUCAGCAGUUAGAAACUACAUUUUUGUCACUAAGGCCUGAUGAUAUUGACCUGGAUCUAUUAAAGUUAUCUCUAGAACUCUCUUCCUUACUAUGA